GGCGCCUAUAAAUGUACAUUCAUCACUUUCGUCUUUCACGCUCUCUUCUCUGCCCCGCGAUCUUCGUUAGGGUUUUACGAGGGUUUAGAGGCUUCGAAAAUUCAAAAAUCCUUAUUACUUCGUUAAUUCAUCAUCUUUGGUCCUUUCAAGGGGAAAAGUUUGCUGGAUUUCUGUUAUUAGGGUUUAUAAGUGCGAGGAUGAUUAUGCUAUUUGUUGUCGUCUACUCGCCUGAGAUCCAUCAGCUAUGAUCUCUUCUUGGCGGAUUGGACGGAUUAGCCCUAAAAAUCACAGUUAAGUGUUCAAGAAAUCAAAGCCUUUCGCGACUCUGUAUAUCAUUUUUUUUUUCCGUGUUGCAAUUGAAAUGCAAUACCGGUCUGGGGUUCCCUGGAACUCGAAUUUCAUCCUGUCAAGAUGUCUAAUCUUUCAUGAGAGAAUUGUUGCUGUCGCAAAUCCUAGUUGGAAGUUGGAGCCCAAAAUUCGUGGGUUCGGAAAUGGUGUUUCUUGGAACCAUGCUUCCGGUGAAAUGAUAUGAAGUUUUGAAUAUGAGCGAUGGAGGUGGGGAGACUGGAAAAGAGAACAAAGACGACACCAAGAGGAAAUCAAGGGGAGGCGACGAUUUUGGCCAGGCUAUUGCCAGGAUUGCUGGCGCGCAGAUAUGUAAGAGAGCUGGCUUUCAGGGCUUCCAACAGUCUGCUCUUGAAGCCCUCUCCGAUAUCGUCAUUCGUUACCUCCGCGACUUGGGCAAGACUGCUCAGUUUUACGCUAAUUUAGCAGGUAGAAUGCAGUGCAACGUCUUUGAUAUCGUUCAGGGGCUUGAAGAUUUAGGAGCUUCACAGGGUUUUUCCGGUGCAUCAGAUGUCUACCGUUGCCCUGCAGGCUCAGGUGUAGUACAAGAUAUUACGCAGUACCUGAACUUGGAAGAAGAGAUUCCGUUUUCCCGCCGGGUUCCACAUUUCCCGGUCAUGAGAAACAUGAAGCCCACUCCAAGUUUUCUGCAAAUCGGGGAGGGUCCGCCUAACAAAAACAUUCCCACUUGGUUGCCUGCAUUUCCCGAUCCCCACACGUAUGCUCACACUCCUGUAUGGAAUGAGAGGGAAACAGAUCCUCACACAGAUAAAAUUGAACAGGCGAGGCAGCGAAGGAAGGCUGAACGGUCUUUGCUGAGUUUGCAGCAGCUUUUGGCGUGCAAUGGCUCGGCAUUACCGGCCGCAGUGGACCCUGCAGAUGCCGGUAAGCUGAAAAGAGCAGCAGAAAGUAACCCAUUUCUUGCUCCACCUCUGCAGCUUGGUGAGAAAGAUGUGUCUCCCGUUGUUCUUCCCCCCCAGCUUUCUAACGAAGUGGUUGCGGAAAAAAGAGUUUUGGUGUUGGAUACGUUUGCUCCUGCUAUUGAAGCAGCAAAGGCUGGAUUUUAUGAUUCUGGAGAUGGUGAGAGAAAUGACCUCCCUAAUAAGAGACCCACUGUGCAUUUCAAGGUCGGGAUUGGAAAAUCUUUAGGUGCACCUCGUGUUUUGAACCUUCACAGUCAGAGUGUGGGGAAAACAGCUCCAUGGUUUGGGAGGGACGAUGAGAAGGAUGACAAGAAGAGGAGAGCAGAGCAAAUUCUGAAGGAAUCCAUGGAAAACCUUCGAGAACUUGCUCAGUUGUAAAUUAGUUCAUUGACUGGCUGCUUGAUCAGGAUUUGUAUACUUGUUUAAGAGUUCCACAGCAACAGCAGGGUAGGUUGUGUGGUAGUCAAAGGCAAAGGGCAUCUUGUUGUUGUGCUAUGGAUAUUAGUGUGAUGGACAGUUGGGAGUCAGUCCCCUUUUGUUCUACCUUAACAAAUUUUUGAGCAAUGUCCACAUGAAUGACGAAGAGAACUGAAUCAUUGCAUGUCUCUAGUUUUCCAAGAAAGCUAAUUUUAGAUUGAAUCUUCCUUAAUCCUGGGAUGAUAUAUGGUAAGAACCUCAUUGAUAAUAGUAAUGGGAUAUUAGUUUUUGCAUUUUUCCCCUGAAUUGUAUUUUACAAAUGCACAAAUUUUGUUUGUUGGA